CUGCUCUACAGCUCGAGCACAGCCAUAUCUUAUGGCUACGCGGCGGCCUCAUAAGGUCGAGGUCGACGUGCCUAUUCCACCGACGACAGACACCAUAAGCACGCCCGCACCCGCACCCGCACCCACGACCACGACCACAAACGGCCCUCAAGAUGCUACGGGCAGUAUGGACUCUCUACGAGGCUCGCCGUUCCUGCCAACAGCCCUCGAAGGCACCCUCCUCGCUCUAUAUCCCAUCACGCUUUUCCUGGGCUCACUGUAUAGCAUGAUCCAUCCCGCGAGCAGAAAAGCCACCUAUCUCCCCAGCACGCAAUCCUACGAUCCUCAGGACGCGCCCAGCUAUUUUGCCAAAAAGAGCAACGUAUUCAAUGUCUACUUUGUCAAGAUCGGCUGGUUCUGGACCACGCUGGCAUUCUUCACGCUCAUCUUCACCCACUCCUCACACGGACCUCCAUUCCGGCUACAACUCACGAAACGACGCGUGCAGGCCAUAUUCCGAUACAUGACGAUCACUGCCGUCUGGGUGUUUGUCACUCAAUGGUUCUUUGGACCGGCCAUUGUAGAUCGUAGCUUCCGAUGGACGGGCGGUAGAUGCAGCCAGGUUCUUGCCACUGGCCUGACAGAGAAGAUGGAGCAAGGAGACGCCAAGGAUGUUUUCACACACGCGGCAUGCAAGGCAAUUGGUGGCCAGUGGAGAGGUGGGCACGAUAUCAGUGGACACGUGUUCCUGCUCAUUCUGGGGAGUGGGAUGCUUUGGCUCGAACUCCUCCCAGCUGUACUCUACAACGAGGGUUUGCGGGAGAAGAGGCGCAUCCGGACUGCAGAUGGCCUGGUCCGAAGUGCUUCAAUCGAGACCGAGCAUUCUUCACGUGUAGCAGUGGGCGAGCGACAGGAGCUGGGACUUGGUGUGAAGGUAGCAUUGGCGGUAGCCGGGCUCAGCGGGUGGAUGCUGCUCAUGACCGCAGCUUACUUUCACACCUGGUUUGAGAAGGUGACUGGACUCUUGGUUGCAUUCACCACAAUCUUCACAGUGUAUUUCCUGCCACGCGGAGUGCCAACUCUGCGCCAAGUGCUUGGGUUGCCCGGCAUAUGAAAGAGCAGUAAUCUCUUGUAUCCACCAUUCCUGCGCAGAUAGCAGGCAUUUAGAUGCGACGCUUCACAUGCCGUACAGGCCCGCACUCUCACCAUCACAUCGCGCCUGAGAUUCUGCUAUCAAUCUUGUUCGCCGCGGUCCCUGAGCUGUAGCCUCUUGCGUUUCCCACUCCUCGCUGGUCCGGGCUAUGGCAGAUGUGGCCAGCAUGACGGUAAUAAUGAAGGACGUGAUAUGUCAAUCGGUACGCGCAUCCCGGCGCGACCGUCCGGUUGCCGUGCGAAUGUGCAUGGCUAACUUACCGAUCACAUA